GACCGGUUGGAGGAGGUCACCAAGGAGAGGGAUCAGACCCUCCAGGCCAUGAACACGGCGAUCAGCAGCAGCAUCCUGCAGCAAGGCUUCUACAACAACAUCAAAGGCCACUACGCGGCCUUACACGAGGUGUGGCGCUUGGGCCUGUCCGGCUUCAACGCGGUUGCUCCGGAACGGCUGUUCACCGACGUUGGAAGCCAAGGCGGGGACG